AGUGACGUGCGAGAGUUCCGUCAGUGUAGCGGCGUCUGACAGACAUCCUCGCUGGGACAGCGGCUUCCUUACCAGUCGAGAAAAGAGAAGAGCGGUAUCCAGGCGAAGAAAGAAGCAUAUAUCGGAACCUUAAUUUGAGGCAGCCGGGGUAGACAAUGAUUUUACCAAGAUAAAAAGAAUCAUAGGAAGCUAUAUUUAGAGGAAAUUGUUACGAUGUACUGUUUUUCUCCAUCACUCGCACUGCGUGAUACUGUACACCAGCCAGGCGGGCAUCGCCUCUGUUCUCCCCUUCGAGCUGGUCAGGCUCCGACUGUAUUGGUGCUGUGGCGUCUCUCUUCUAUUCGUACAAUGACCAAAAGCCCUGGAAAGCGCAACUUGGAUAAGAACAGGAAACACGAGUAAGGAGAGGCGCUCAUUUAUCAAGAAGGGUCGGCGGAAAGCUGCGGUGUAUGCCGGAGACCAGGAGGGAGGAGGAGUUGCAGCAGUGGGAGCACCAAAAAACCCGCAGGGUUCAAGAGCCUGUGGGGAUGACCAUGAGCACAAGCAAGGUGUGCUUAGAGGAGACAACAUAAAACGUUUCCCGUUCUAGGAUGAGGUGGUGAUGUGGACGAAAGGCUGCCGUGGUCAGCCAACCGGAGCCCUGACAGCAGCAGCAGCAGCAACAACACGAGGAAGAGGAGAUUAGAGGAGGUGGCCGUUGUACCAUCAUAGAGGAGGCAAGAUGGAACAUAACCAUCUGUUGGUCUACAGUUCCACACGGAAUUCUCCAUGACGAUGGACUCACUGCCUUCUUAGUGUCACCAGGAUCACAUUUCACCGCCACCAAGUGGCUCAGAAGUUUCAAAGACUCCACUAGGACGUCCUACUCCAUGUGCCAGCUCAGAUAUCACCCUACUUGUUGGCACCCACAUGUUUGAGUGCGUGACUUCCGCCGCCGCCCAUUCUCGAGCAGCAGCAGCAGCAGUAGCCACCUGCAACAGCGACCCGCAUCAUGCAGUGGAGACGGCGACACUGCUGUCCCAUCAAGAUGACGUGGACCGUCAAGCGUUCGCUAUUUCGAACCCAUGUGGCUGGCCUCCUCUCACUGGCGCUGCUGUUUACCAUCUUCUUAUUUUUCAGCCACCAAGACUGGCUGCCUGGGCAUAGUGGGCCACGAGAAAACCCAAUAGCCUACACUGUCAAAGGUUUACGCGGUCCCAGGGGGGAAGUCAACCAGAGUAGCUCCCUCAGGAGCCUUUGGAGGGAGACAGGUAACAUCGCACCAAAGCCUCUACUCAAUCUUAGCUCUCAGCAGCUGGAGGGAGGAGCUGGGGAUGCAGUAGCAGGACUUGGGGCAGGGGGUGGAGUCCGAAUGGCUGUAAUGGGACUUGGAGACUCCAUGAGAACCAAUAACAGUUUACAGAAGGAAAUGGGUGUGGGAGGGAAACUCAGCGCCCAGCCCUACCGCUACAUAAUGAACGAGCCUUUCAAGUGCAGCGAGAACACGCCAUUCCUCGUCCUCCUUAUUGCUGCUGAACCCGGCCAGGCAGAUGCUCGUAAUGCCAUCCGGCAGACAUGGGGCAAUAACAGCGUAGCAGUGGGCCUGGGCUUUGUACGUCUCUUCAUGCUCGGCAUGGGAAAGAGCUCAGACUCCUUUCUUCAGAGCAGCAUUGAGGAAGAGAGCCGUGUUUACCAUGAUAUCAUCCAGCAGGAAUACCAGGACACCUAUUACAACUUGACAAUUAAAACGUUAAUGGGCAUGAACUGGGUGGCUACCUAUUGCCCCCACGCCUCUUAUGUGAUGAAGACAGACAGCGACAUGUUUGUCAAUACAGAGUAUCUUAUUCAGAAACUGCUUAAGCCUGAGCUGCCUCCCAGGCAGAGGUACUUCACAGGCUACCUGAUGAGAGGCUAUGCACCAAAUCGAAAUAAGGACAGCAAGUGGUACAUGCCGCCAGAGCUGUACCCAAGCGAGCGUUACCCAAUAUUCUGCUCUGGCACAGGGUAUGUGUUCUCAGGGGACAUGGCAGAGCUGAUAUACCAGGCCUCUCUCAGCAUACGCAGGCUGCACCUCGAGGAUGUUUAUGUGGGAAUAUGCCUGGCAAAAUUGCGCAUCGAUCCAGCUCCACCCCCCAACGAAUUCCUCUUCAACCAUUGGAGGGUGUCUUAUUCCAGCUGCAAGUACAGCCACCUCAUCACGUCUCAUCAGUUCCAUCCAAAUGAACUUAUCAAGUACUGGAACCACUUGCAAAGUAACAAGCACAAUGCCUGUAUCAACAUGGCAAAGGAAAAGAACGGCAGGUACAGACACCGAAGGUUCCACGGGGAGCGACCUCCUUGAUAUCGUGCGCAUAAAGAUGGGUGCAUUCUAACAGCUGGAGGAGGACGUUUUGACCUCAGCACAAUUCACUCUGUAGAAAAAGCACAUUGCAUUUGGUAUUGUGUACAGUUGAUGAUUGAAGGUAUUUUUUUUGUUGUUUUGAGAGAAAUGUCAAGUAUGGUAUACGUGUUAAGCUAUGUUCUUCUAAAAAGCUGCAAUGAAGGGCGUAUCCGGGCGUUGUAGAGCAUGGACCCUGAUGGUGCACGUUCAAAUGGGGUUUAGAAGGUUUUAAGAUGAGUGCAAUAUUGCACACAGUAAAAACUAUUAAGUUGAAAAAAACACCAGUGUGUUUACACAGACAAACGGAAAUGUAUAUGUAUUAUGUUGAAAGUUAUACUACCUAAAUAUGAAUGAAAAUAUCAUCGACAAGUUGUUCUGACCUGUCUGUGUUUACUUUCCAGCUUUGUCAAAUAUCACAGAUUCUAAAGAGAGUUUUUUUUUAUCUGCCAUAUCCUGUAUUUUAUUUAAAAUAAUAAACAUGACGGCACUCCAAAUCACAUUCAUGAUGACUGAGAUUGUAUUAUUUAAAAGCUUUACAGAGAGUAUAAGUCUGCACUUGAACAAAUGUGCAAUGAACCAGUUCACGAUUAAAUGUACUGAAUUCAUUUAUUUGUAAUUGUGUGUUCUGUUGCACUCGCUGUGUAUCAUCUGGAAUGUGGGAACAGAGCUGCUAAUAUUUGUGUUAAUCAACUCUUAGUAGAUGAAUUAUCUGACAUUUUAAUAUUUCAGACAACUGAGUUAAUAUGUGACAACAUCAGUCUUCCAAUGCUUAGAUCAAAUGCUUUCUUUUAAUAGAGUGAUAUAAAUAUCUGCCAUCUCUUUUUCUUUGCAACAAAGGAUAAUUUGGACCCCAGGGGCUGUUGUGCGUGUCUUCACACUGCUUUAGAUACUUCAUACAGAAUAGUGUACGAUUUAUGAGGAAGUGCAAGAAUACGUUUGAGGAAGCGCACCCAUCUUUUCAAAUUUUCUGUCACAUGACAAAUGAAAUUUCUAUGAACCACAGAUCUAGUUUUUUAUUUGUAUCACGAAGGAUUGCAAAAGGUAUGUAUUAUGGAAUAUGUAUAUGUGAGCCUGGAAUCGGCGAAACUCAUAUCUGGAUCAGGCCUCAAUAUUCGUGCAUGGACAAUAAUCAGCUGCAAUAAUCAGAUUUUGCCCGAUGUGACUGUAGCAUAAACCAACAGAUCAUAUAAGCCAGUGGUGUCCAAAGUGUGGCCCUCAGGCCAUUUCCUUGGCAAAUUCUAAAAAUAUAAUUGAACAAGAAAAAAAAACACACACAUUUUACAAGUAUAAAGUGAAAAAAGUCAUAUUGUAACAAGAAAAAACUCACAAUUUUGCAAGAAUAAACUUACAAUAUUAUGAGGGGGGGAAAUAUUGUAAUAUAUGUAGGAUAGAAUUGAAAUAUUAAAUAAAAACUGAUCAUUUUUAAAGGUUGUAAACAAAACAAAAUAAGAUCAGUUUUGGAAAAUUAGGUUGGAGAGAUAGUUAUAUUAUGGAAAUCGUUAUUUUACCAGGAUUACUUAAGAAGAAAGAAAUAUUUGGGAAAAAAACACACAUACAGCAACAAUGGGGAAAAAACGAGCAAAGGCCGAAGUUCAUACUAAUACACUUUUUUACCUUCAUGACAAAGUUGAGAUGCAGUUUUUUGUUGAAAUACAGUAUAUAUAACAUAUAUAACAUGUAACAUAGCUAAAUGUGUUGGUUUACAAAAUUGCAUAUUGUAUGCUUUCAUUUUUCAGUGUGCGGCCCUCACCCCUGAUAUAAACCUUGAUAUUGUGGCCUGAACAUCAUCAAAUUACACCAAUCAAUGAUGUAUACUCUUACAGCCACUGUAAAGCAAAAGCUUGGAAGUGUAUAAACCAUUAAACAAGGAAAACAAUGGCUGACGACAGCUAGCGGAGUAAUGUUGUCACCUCCGUGUACAUACGCACACACACAUACAGUAUAGUAUACAUAAUGUAGAUUAGGGAUGCUGCAGUGUUGAUAUUUCGGAUCAAUAUUCAGUUUGUUGUCUAUUCUCCGUUCUCUCCAAUUUCAUUAUUCUUACAGCGGUGUGAAAAAGCAUAUUCCCCACUGAUUUCAAAUUUUAUUUGCAUGUUUGUCACACUUAAAUGUUUCGGAUCAUCAAACAAAUUGAAAUAUUUAGUCCGUGACAAAACAGCGGAACACAAAAUGCAGUUUUUAGAUGAAAAUUUGUAUUAUUAAUAGAGAAAACAAAUCCAAACCUACAUGGCCCUGUGUGAAAAAGUGAUUGCCCCCUUAAACCUAAUAACUGGUUGGACCACCCUUAGCAGUAACAACUGCAAUCAAGCGUUUACGAUAACUUGCAAUGAGCUUCUUACAGCGCUGUGGAGGAAUUUUGGAACCCUCAUCUUUGUGGAAUUGCUGUAAUUCAGCCACAUUGGAGGGUUUUCCAGCAUGAACCUCCUUUUUAAGUUCAUGCCACAGCAUCUCAAUAGGAUUCAGGUCAGGACUUUGACUAGGCCACUCCAAAGUCUUCAUUUUGUUUUUCUUCAGCCAUUCAGAGGUGGACUUGCUGGUGUGUUUUGGAUCAUUGUCCUGCUGCAGAACCCAAGUUCGUUUCAGCUUGAGGUCUCAGGAUUUUUUGGUUGACAGCAGAAUUCAUGGUUCCAUUUAUCACAACAAGUCUCCCAGGUCCUGAAGCAGCAAAACAGCCCCGGACCAUCACACUACCACCACUAUAUUUUACUGUUGAUAUGAUGUUCUUUUUCUGAAAUGCGGCGUUACUUUUACGCCAGAUGUAAUCAUUUAAGAAAUAGAAUGUUGAUCCAUACUUCUGACAGUAAACAUAACCUGAAAUCACUAAUUUAAAGUACCGGUAAAAUUAGAGUCACAGGAAAAAUACAAAACCCAAAACAUUACAAGUUCCGGUCCAAGUAUGCAUAAUGUGGAGACAAGCGAUCUCAAAGCUGAAUAAUGAGCAGUGACUUAAACAUCAAGGUUAUUGUCUCCAUAAAUAAAACAAAAAAAGGUUAUUGACUCCUUGGCAUAUACAAUAUUCUGCAGAAAAAACAUACUGUACAUUUGGACUUUAAUUAAAAAUGAAAAUUGACCAGUGAUACUUCAUUUGGAACAGAAUGCACAGCCUAUGUUGGGAUAAAAAUAGUCGCAACAAACCAGUCCAUCCAGAUAAGUCUGACCCAGAGCUACACAAGGCCGGAACGAUACCACUGGAGAUAAGCAGAUGAACUGGAAUAGAGUUAAUGACACAACUGGGUAUAAAAGCUGUGAGCAUGUGGCAAUCAGCAGUGAUAAGCUGCAGGUGCAGUCAAGAGGCAUCCAGAAAGAAAUCGAUACCCC